UUGACACUUGACACAUCCCUCCAAUUUAUAUACUUUACCUCCAUUUUCAAUCAACAACCAAAACUAGGGUUCAGCCGCAAAUUUAAAAUCAAUUGACAUGGAAAUUCACAAUCAAAUCGCUGAGCUACUGAGCAACACUCUCAGCCCCGACGGCGCCGUCGUCCACGCCGCCACCGAUGCCCUCGACCGCCUCUCUCAGCACCCCAGCUUCUCGUCUUCUCUCCUCUCUGUCGCUGCCUUCGGCGGUGAUGACAAAGGUCGAGCAAUUGCAGCUGCUACAUAUCUUAAGAAUUACAUUAGGAAAAAUAUUGAUACAUCCAAAAUGAGCAAAGAGUUUCGAGAUGCAUACAUGCGAGCUUUGUUUCAAGUGGAGCCUGCAGUUCUGAAAGUUUUAGUUGAAGGGUUUCGGGUGAUUGUUGAUGCUGAGUUUGUGAAGAAUAAUUCAUGGCCCGAACUUAUCCCUGAACUGCAAUCAGUUAUUCGCAAUAGUAAUCUGAUUAUUGAAGGCGGGAAUACUGAUUGGAAAACCAUCAAUGCCCUAACAGUUCUUCACUCUCUCAUAAGACCAUUUCAGUACUUUUUGAAUCCAAAAGUUGCAAGGGAGCCAGUUCCACCACAGCUAGAGCUUAUUGCAGAAAAAAUUCUUGUACCUCUGCUACCCGUUUUUCAUCACUUUGUAGAGAAGGCUUUGAGCAUUCAGUACGGAACAGUGGUGGAAAAUGAGAAGAUCCUUCUAAUCAUAAGCAAGUGCAUAUAUUUUGCUGUGAGAUCACACAUGCCAUCUACUCUGGAAUCUCUACUUCCUUCGCUUUGUAAGGACUUUUUUGUGAUCUUAAAUUCAUUAAGAUUUGACGGUGAGGAAAUUUUGGAAGAUGGAUAUUUGCUGAGGCUGAAGACAGGGAAGAGAAGUCUGCUUAUUUUCUGUGCUUUAGUCACGCGACAUAGGAAGUUUUCUGAUAAGUUGAUGCCAGACAUUAUAGAGUGUGUUUCAAAUAUAGUCAAGCAAAGUGUAAACAUCAGUAAACUGGACUUCCUCUCGGAAAGGAUUGUUUCAUUAGCAUUUGAUGUUAUCUCACGUGUUCUAGAAACAGGGCCAGGUUGGAGGCUGGUUUCACCCCACUUCUCAUCUUUACUGAGCUCAGCAAUCUUCCCAGCAGUGGUGAUGAAUGAGAAGGAUAUUGCAGAAUGGGAAGAAGAUCCUGAUGAGUUCAUCCGGAAGAAUCUUCCAUCUGAUGUAGGAGAAAUUUCUGGAUUUAGAGAGGACUUGUUCUCAGCAAGGAAAAGUGCCUUAAAUUUGCUUGGUGUUAUAUCAAUUUCAAAGGGGCCUCCUGUCGCGGCUUCCGUUUUGUCUAAGCGUAAAAAAGGUGAAAAGAACAGGCAAAAGAACCGUAGCUCCAUGGGGGAGUUGUUAGUAAUGCCCUUUUUGUCAAAGUUUCCCAUGCCCACUGAUACUACUACAUCUGCAACGAAGACUGUAAAAGAUUACUGUGGUGUUCUUAUGGCAUAUGGAAGCCUUGUGGAUUUUCUAGGAGAGCAGAAGCCAGGAUAUACAACGAUUAUUAUUCGGAAUAGGAUUCUGCCAUUGUACAAAAAAUCUGCCUCUCAUCCUUAUUUGGUUGCCACUGCGAGCUGGGUGCUUGGAGAAUUUUCUUCUUGUCUUCCGGAAGACAUGAGUUCAGAUGUCUAUUCUUCACUGCUCAAAGCAUUGGCAUCGCCAAAUGUGGGGGAUAUUUCAUGUUAUCCUGUGAGGGUGUCUGCUGCUGGCGCCAUAGCUGAACUUGUUGAGAAUGAGUACCUGCCACCUGAGUGGUUACCUGUUCUUCAAGUGAUUGUUAGUCGGAUUGGUGAUGAAGAUGAAGAAAGCUCUAUUUUGUUUCAACUCCUUUCUACUUUGGUGGAGGCUGGAAGUGAGAGCGUUGCGCCUCAUAUCCCGGAUAUAGUUUCAUUGGCGGUCGUAGCAAUCUCGAAGUACAUGGAUACUAAUCCAGGGCCGUGGUCUCAAACUGUAGAACAGGGCUUUGCGGCGUUAGCUGUGAUGGCUCAGUGUUGGGAGGCCUCUGAACCUGAGGAGCAGAGUGAAAUAGGUAACAUGUGGGGAUCAGGCCGGACUACAAUUGCUACAGCUUUCUCAGACCUUUUGCAGCAAGCUUGGCUAAGACCUGUGGAACAAGUGGAUUGUGAUAUUGAUCAAUUGUCUCCUCCAUCUUCGUGCAUUGACGAUAUAUCAGCAUUGCUCACUUUCAUUAUGCAAGAUGUCAAUGAAUGUGAAUUAGCUAUGAAGCUAAAAGUUCCAGAAUUGAUGCUAGUUUGGGCUUCUCUAAUUUCUGACUGGCAUGCAUGGGAGGAAAUGGAGGACUUAUCAAUUUUCACUUGCAUCAAGGAAGUUGUUAAUCUAAAUAAAAAAUUUACUCUUAAAAAUUUCAUUGUGGGGGAUAUACCAUCUCCUCCAGCUCCACCCGUACCACGACUUUCUGUCAUUGAAGGAAUAAGUGCAUUUAUCAGUGAGGCCUUUUCACAGUAUCCAUCUGCAAUAUCCAGAGCUUCCGCAUGUGUUCAUGCACUAUUGCAUGUUCCAACAUACUCAUAUGAAUCAGAAAGUGUGAAGCAGUCACUAGUCAGGAAUUUCAGUCAUGCUGCAUUUUCUCAUUUCAGGGAAAUCCAAACCAAGCCUUGUUCUUUGUGGCCACCAUUGCUGCUUGCCAUAUCAUCAUGUUUUUUGUGCUAUCCUGAUAUUGUAGUGGAUAUACUUGAGAAGAAUGAGAAUGAUGGCUUUACAGUCUGGGCAUCUGCUCUUGCAUAUGUCGCAAGCAGCAAAUUCGAACCUGGUCUAUCAUCAGAGUCAGAAAUUAAGUUGGCUGUACUAGCCUUGGGAAAACUAGUUGAACAGCUGCUGAGCGUCAGACACCAAGGUGGUGGUCUGCUAGGGGAUUGCUUUGUUGCGCUAAUAGAGGCGUCUCUUAGAUUAAAAGUGGUGCAGGAUGAAGAUGAAGAAGAGGAUGAAAAUGUUGAGACUGGAGAUGAAGAUGACGACGAGGACUCAGAAGUUGACAGUGAUGAGGAAUCUGAGGAUGAACGUGAAGAAACGGAAGAGGAAUUUCUUGAAAGGUGUGCUGAAGCUGCUGCUGAGUUGGAAGAUGAAACUCUCUUGGAGGAAGGGGAUGUGGAAGAUCACGAGCUAGAGAUUGAACUAGGUAUUCUGGAAGACAUUGAUCCAGACACUAUAAUGAAGUCUCUGGUACACAGACACCACCAAGUUCUAGCAUCAGUGUCACUGUCUCAGGAGCUCAUAACGAGUUUCCUAGCUGCUUUUCCAGAUUUUCAGUCAUACCUACAGCAGCCUCUGCAAUAAAUUUACUAUUCUAAAAUUACUGGGCAUAGUUAUAUAAUUUAUUAGAUGUGUGCAAAAUAUGAUGCAUAUGUUAUAUAAAAACUACUACUAUUCUUUUCAAUAGCAAGAUCUGAGGAAGUUGGUUUGCUAUCAAUUUGGGUAACCCCUGUGUACAUGCUUUAGUUUUCUUCUAUUGAUAUUUGAUUUUGUAAGAUGAUGAAUACAGAUGCUAUAUAUCUAUAUGAUUUUAGAUUUUUAUGAUUAAAAAUUAGAAA